AUGCCUAUGCUGGGCGUGGCCUCAAAAAACAAUCAAAACAUGGCAAAGUCCAAGGUAGUACCAAACCGCUCCAGUACGCUGAGCCGAGGUGGCAUUCGAAAACGUGGUGCUCCUACACGGACCGACCGGGAUGGCGAUCUGGACAUGGGUGCGGCCUCGCAAAGAGGCCGCGGUGGUAAACGGGGACGUGGACAAGGCGGCUUGCCUUAUUCACGGGGCCCGGCCAAAAUGGAACUCGACGAUCGUAUUCAGAAAGCUAUCGACGGCAGCGACGCAGGUUCGCUAGUCAACAUUCGAGCAGGAGGCAACAAGUCACGUCUUGAAGAAAUCAGCAUCACAGGUUGGAAAGAAAGCAGAGCAGCGUCGAAUCCGGACGGUGGCGUCCGGGGUACCAUUGAUUGGCUCGAAAGGAGACUCCCUUCAACGAAACCUGGCCGAAAAAACAUAAUCAAGCACCGCGUCGAAGGCGACGCGAUCAUAGUAACUAUCCGGCCGGAAAUGUUGAAUAAGAUAUUACAGAUCAAUGGAAACAUAUUCGCUGGAGCCGAACUUGCUGUGGAGAAAGCCGAUAACGUGCCCUCAAUCUCUGCGGAAGAAAUGAAGAAGAGACUGAAAGCUUUUCUGAGCAACCGAUUCUUACCGGCGAACAAAAUACUGAAUUUACAAAAUUUGGCAAACGACCCAAUCCUUGUCGAAAUGGGCCUUUUUCGAAGCCCUACAACCGAAACCAAAUUCUACCAAGCUUUGAUGAAGGUCUGGAGUUUGGAGUUCCCGACACAACAGGCUGGCCGCAAUGCUGUUGAGAAUCUCAGUCUUGCCAAUAAUGGGCUGUCUAAUAUACAGCCAAUAACCAUCCUUUCCCAAAAUUUCCCGAACCUUAAGGCUCUCGAUCUCUCCAACAACAAUUUCCAGGACGAAAGAGCACUGGUCGCAUGGCGAUGGAAGUUCCGUCAACUAGAAUUCUUGGACCUAAGUAAUAAUCCUUUCAGCUCAGUUUCCGUUUUCAAGGAAACCAUGAUGAAGUGGUACCCGAGACUCAAGACCCUCAACAACAUCCAAGUUCGCACCGAUGAAGAGAUUGCCGCUCAAAGCAGGGCUCCAAUCCCUGCCCAGCCACCUUUUUUCCAGGACGAGGGAAAUAUCGCCGAAAAUUUUAUUCGAAAUUUCUUCGUCGGUUUUGACAAGGACCGAAAUAGUACCCUCAAUCUCUAUUACGACAACAACUCAUCCUUUUCUUUUAAUGUCAACCCCGCAGCUCCGCGUGGAACACAAGACAGUGCAGGUGUCUCCGACUGGGACUCCUGGAUAAAAAGAAGCCGCAACCUGAAGAAAAUAAAUCAUAUUGGGGCACGGAUAAAUCGCAUGUAUGACGGCGUUGAAAAAAUUCGCGAGAUCUGGAACUCCAUCCCACAAACACAGCAUCCUGGCCUUGAUCAACCAGCUCAGUGGUUAAUUGAGUGUCAUUUAAUGCCCUGUCUUCCUGAUGCUACCGGACAGAGUCCAUCUGGCGUUGGAGGCUUUCUUAUAAUGAUUCAUGGCCAAUUCGAUGAAUCUAGUGGUGGCAAGAUUGAAACUCGCAGCUUUGACCGCACGUUCAUCCUGGGACCAAGCCCCGGUCCAGAGAAGGUCAAAGUCAUCAGCGAUAUGCUUUCUCUUAGAGCGUACGGCGGAUAUAAUGCGUGGGAUAUAAACAACACAAUCGAAACAGCACCAGCUGCUAGCGCGCCACCGGUCCAUCCCGAAGCACCUCAAGGUUAUGGUAUGCCAGCACCAGGAAAAGCAGAUGUCCAGGUUCAGCAGGAACAGCUGGUCCUCCAGCUUAGCUUCACUACAAAUCUGAAAUUGGAGUUUUCGCAACAAGCACUGGUUCAGCAUAAUUGGAAUAUAGAAGGGGCUUUACGUGCUUUCGAGGAAUCAAAAGCACAAGGGCAAAUCCCGGCGGAGGCUUAUGUGGCCUUAGGGCCUUAA